AUGGAGACCACACUUCCAUUCCCUUUCCUCAUCAGCGUCCCGAGCAGCGGCUUGGCGAAUGCCGAGGGCCUGACUGCUGGGGAGGUUUCUGUUCUGGGCAGCCCCUUCAUCGAGGCCGAUGCCGGUCUCAAGGAUGAAGCUUGGAAGGCCCUUCGACGAAGCAACGAUUUUCACCCUCACUUUGAUGUGAGCAAGCUCGGGUCCAAGGACGAGGUGCUUGAUCUCCUUGACCGUGGUGCCCGCAAGGUAUUCGUCCCCGCCGGGCAGUUUGCCGACUACGAGGGCGAGGAAUUCGUCUCUCGUGUCGCUCCCAUCGUGGCCACCCUCGACCUGUCGGCCGCCACCGCCCAGGGUCUCCUCAUCACCAACGUCGAUCCCCAAGUCCAGGACCUCGAGAAGUUUGUGGCGGAUUGUGAGGCGAAGAAGGUCCAGGAUCUCUUCCUCAAGCCUGUAGAAGAAGCCGAUCUCGAGCAGUUUAUCGGAAUCGCCCAGAGGUGCAAGGCCGUGGCCAUCCUUCCCUCUAAUCGCAUCACAACCGACAAGAACGAUUCAUCGCGAUUCCUUCUCUCCAAACUCAUUGCGGCGUAUUGGAAAUCCGACCGCCCGGAUGGCCUUAUCGCCACCGUAGUAUGCGACGAGGCCGGAGUUGCCCUCGGCAUGGCUUACACCAGCGAAGAGAGCAUCAACGAGGGUAUCCGAACGCAGGCGGGUGUCUAUCAAAGCCGCAAAAGAGGACUCUGGGUCAAAGGUCUCACCUCUGGUGAUACCCAGGAAUUGCUUGGAAUCGGCUUGGAUUGCGACAACGAUACGCUCAAGUUUACCGUCCGGCAAACUGGUCGCUUUUGUCAUCUGCCCCAGGCUGGGUGCUUUGGAAACCUUUCCGGUGUCUCCAAGCUUGAGAAGGUUCUGCAGCAGAGGAAGGAAUCUGCUCCCGUUGGCUCCUACACUGCUCGGCUCUUCUCGGAUGAGAAGCUCCUUCGCGCAAAGAUCAUGGAAGAAGCGGAGGAACUCUGUGACGCAAAGACUUCCCAGGAGGUCGCAUUCGAGGCUGCUGACCUCAUCUACUUUGCCCUCACCAGGGCUGUUUCCGCCGGAGUCUCCCUCUCCGAUAUAAAUCGCAGCCUUGAUGAGAAGAGCUGGAAGGUCAAGAGGCGGAAGGGCGAUGCCAAGGGCAAAUGGGCUAAGAAGGAGGGUAUCAAGAAUGAUGCACCUACUCCCGCUCCUGCUCCUGCCCCAGUCGCCGCUCCCGCGCCCGUCGAAGAGGCUAAGAGCGAUCGUAUCGUUAUGAAGAGGGUAGAUCCAAACGAUUCCUCAGAGCUGAGCCAGGCCUUGAAGAGACCGUCCCAGAAGUCCACGGAAACCAUCAUGAAGAUCAUCAACCCCAUUAUCGAGGAGGUGAGGACGGGCGGUGACAAGGCAGUCCUGUCCUACACGCACAAAUUCGAGAAGGCUACUUCUUUGACAUCGCCAGUCCUAAGGGCGCCCUUCCCCAAGGAGCUCAUGGAUCUGCCUGCCGAGACUAUUGAAGCUAUUGAUAUUUCGUUCGAAAACAUCCGAAAGUUCCACUCGGCUCAAAAGAAGAGAAGCCUCUCAGGGAUCACGCCAGAGAUUGUAUACGUCGCCCACAAAGUCGGUGCUGAGAGCAUCGUCCUUGCUGGUGGCGCUCAGGCGGUGGCUGCGAUGGCGUACGGAACCGAGAGUGUCUCCAAGGUUGACAAGAUCCUCGGACCUGGCAACCAGUUCGUGACGGCGGCCAAGAUGUUUGUGAGCAACGAUACCAAUGCCGGAGUCAGCAUUGAUAUGCCCGCUGGCCCCUCGGAGGUUCUUGUGAUCGCCGAUCAGAAUGCUGAGCCCGCCUUCAUCGCCUCCGACUUGCUAUCCCAGGCUGAGCACGGCGUUGAUAGCCAGGUGAUUCUGAUCGGUGUUGACCUCACUGAGGAGAAGCUUCGGGCUAUUGAUGACGAAGUUCACAAUCAGGCUGUAGCGUUGCCCCGUGUCGACAUUGUUCGCGGAGCCAUCGCCCACUCGAUUACCAUUCCUGUCAAGGAUAUCGAGGAAGCCAUGAAGAUUAGCAACGACUAUGCUCCUGAGCACCUUAUCCUCCACCUCGAUAACGCCGAGGCUGUUGUCGAAAAGGUUACCAAUGCUGGAAGUGUCUUCAUCGGCCAGUGGACUCCUGAGAGCGUUGGCGAUUACUCUGCCGGCGUCAACCACUCCCUUCCCACCUACGGCUACGCAAAGCAAUACUCGGGCGUCAACCUCGCCUCCUUCGUCAAGCACAUCACGAGCUCUAACCUCACUGCCGAGGGACUCAAGAAUGUCGGCACUGCUGUUAUGCGUCUUGCCGCUGUUGAGGAACUAGAGGCUCACCGUCGUGCUGUGAGCAUCCGCCUCGAACACAUGGCUCGGAAUGCUUAG